UCGCAUAAUUCAUUUGCAUUCUCAAGAACUCAGGAGAAGUCGAGAUGAUGUUAGCCUCCCUCUUUAUAGCUGCUUUUGUGUCGCUAGCCCUCAUUGAAGAUGGCAGAGCCGAUUCUGUGACGUAUGGUGAUCUAGGAACCUUCGAAUAUGGAAAUGGCGCCCCCAUCUGCCAUCACUUCCGUCCAGAAAGCCCCGAUGCGAUUGUGAUCAGGUACUGGCUGUACACGAACAGCAACAGGAAUUACGGCCAGCAAUUAGACCGCACAUCGUCCUCCUCGAUCACCAGAUCGUAUUUCUCGGCGAGCCGAGAUACGAAGUUCGUCAUCCAUGGAUAUACGGACGAGUACACGUCUGGCUGGGCUAUGGACAUGAAGGACGCCCUCUUGACUGAGAACACCAAUGUUAUAAUGGUGGACUGGAAAGAGGGUGCCGGGCGUCUCAACUACGCCCAGAGCCGAGCCAACACCCGGGUAGUCGGUCGAGACAUUGGAAAGCUCAUAGAGAAACUCAGGUCAACAACAGGGGCGUCCUACGGCAGCAUGCACAUCAUCGGGCACAGUCUGGGGGCGCACACCGCAGGGUAUGCUGGCGAGGCUAGGUCUGGUGUCGGCAGAAUUUCAGGUCUUGACCCAGCAGGACCAGAAUUUGUGGGUUACGAGAUAGAAUGCAAGCUGGAUCCUUCGGAUGCAUCUUUUGUUGACGCUAUACAUUCAGAUGGAGGUGCUACCGGCGCAGGGCUCAUGGAACAGCUUGGUCACCAGGAUUUCUACCCCAACGAGGGGAUAAGUCAACCAGGAUGCGAGGGUACAUCACUCAUCGAAGCGUGCGACCACAUGAGGGCUAUCCACCUUUACACCGAGAGCAUCACCUCAAGCUGCAACUUCAGCCCAUCCAAGAAGUGCAGCACCUGGUCGAGCUACCCCAACUGCCCCAGCUGCGGUACCUGCCCCGAGAUGGGCUACUGGGCCAACAAGGGCCGGGGAACCGGGGCUUUCUUCAUUGAUACGAACGGACAAAGUCCCUUCUGCAUGUAAAAUAUCUUCUUUCAAAAUGCUACGAUUGAUAAAAUAUAAAUAAAAAUUAAGUCCUCAUCAACAACGCAGAAAACCGAGUAUCUAAGGACCGGGCAAAUGUC